GCUCUUGCUGCUGCACAGGUGGGGGUUGGACUUCCUGGGUCAAACACUGACUGCUGCCUCCAGCUCCAUUGUGAGCCGGGAGCUGCUGCUCGCUCCCCAGCGGGGUCUGUACGGGGACAGACCUGCGCUAACCCCCCUCUGUGCCCUGGGGACUUUCUGCGGGGGCUGGAACCAGCCCCUGGGGCAGCCCCGGGCUCUGCCGACACCAGCCCCUGAGCCGGAGCCUGCAGGCUGCAAAAUAAAAUCCACAUUUGCUCCAGUUCAUCCCAUCCAUGGAGAGACAAGGAAGGAAAAUGGCUGCAGCGGAGCCAGUGACCUUCGAGGAGGUUGCUGUGUAUUUCAGCGAGGAAGAAUGGGCCCUGCUGGACCUGGGUCAGAGAGCCCUGUAUAGGGAGGUUAUGCAGGAGAAUUAUGAGACUGUGACCUCACUGGGAUUUCCAGUUUCCAAACCUGACGUGAUCUCCCAGCUGGAACAAGGGGAGAGGCUGUGCAUUUCCAAUCUCCGGGACUAUGAGGAAAGGGAGAUUCUGAGAGACCCCCACACAGCAGGUGAUGGGAUGGUGAGUGAGAACGAGGAGGAAAAUCCUCAGCAGGAAGGUCCUGAGCAAAUGGAACCACAGGGGACAGUAUCAGGAAGAGCUGAAGGGCAUGGUUCCCAGAGUCCUGAGCAGGGAGAAGCCUGUGAAAUUCAGCGGAGACCAAAAAGGAAGCAGGGAAACCACUCAGAGGAGAGACUGGGUAAAUCCACUCACAAGAACAGAGGCAUCAAAAAAAUCAAAGAAACUGUUCAACAGAGAAUCCCCACUGGAGAGAGUCCCUACUCAUGUGGUGACUGUGGGAAAAGCUUCAGUCAGAGCUUAACCCUUAUUCACCAUCAGAGAAUCCACAUGGGGGAGAAACCCUACAAAUGUAAUGAGUGUGGGAAAAGCUUCAGUGUGAGCUCAAAGUUUCUAUUACAUCAGAGAACUCACACAGGAGAAAGACCCUAUGACUGCCCCGUGUGUGGGAAAAGUUUCAGUGUGAGCUCCAACCUUAUUCAACAUCAGAGAAUCCAUACAGGAGAAAAACCCUAUAAGUGUCCCGACUGCGGGAAAAGCUUCAAUCAGAGUUCAAACCUUCUGUCACAUCAGAGAAUCCACACGGGAGAGAAACCCUUUGAAUGUCUCGAGUGCAGGAAAAGCUUCAGUCGUAGAUCAACCCUUCUAUCACAUCAGAGAAUCCACACAGAAGAGAAACCCUAUACCUGUGCGGAGUGUGGGAAAAGCUUUGGUCACAGUGCACAUCUUACUAGUCACCAGAGGACCCACACAGGAGAGAAACCCUACAAAUGCAGUGAAUGUGGGAAAAGCUUUAGUCAAAGUUCAAACCUUUAUACACAUCAGAGAAUUCAUGUGGGAGAGAGACUCUAUAACUGCCCUGACUGCGGGGAAAGCUUCAGACUGAAGUCAACUCUUGUUACUCACAAGAGAAUCCACAUGGCCGAGAAACCCUUUAAAUGCCUCGAAUGUGGGAAAAGCUUCAAUGCGAGCUCAGCCCUUAGGAAACAUCAGAGACUCCACAGUGGAGAGAGACCCUAUAAGUGUCUUCACUGUGGGAAAAGUUUCUGUAGCAGCUCAGCCCUUUGUAAUCAUCAGAGCACCCACCUUGAGGACAGACCCUACAAAUGCAAUGAGUGCAGGAAAAGCUUCAGUCAAAGUUCCAACCUUAUUCAACAUCAGAGAAUCCACACAGGAGAGAGACCGUAUAACUGCUCCGACUGUGGGAAAAGCUUCAGUCGGAAAUCAACCCUAAUUAAGCAUCAGAGAACCCAUACUGGAGAGAGACCCUACAAGUGCAGUUACUGUGGGAAAAGCUUCCAGUACAGAUCAGAACUUCUAGCACAUCAGAUAUUCCACACAGGAGAGAAACCCUAUGAAUGUCCUCACUGUGGAAAAAGUUUCAGUCAGAGCUCAGCCCUUAUUCAACAUCAGAGAAUCCACACAGGAGAGAAACCCUACAAAUGUAAUGAGUGCAGGAAAAGCUUCCGUUUGGGCUCAGACCUUCUAGUACAUCAGAGAAUCCAUACAGGAGAAAAACCCUAUGAAUGCCCUGACUGUGGAAAAAGCUUUCGACGGUGCUCAACCCUUGUUUCCCAUAAGAGAAUCCACACAGGAGAGAAACCCUACAAAUGUAAUGAGUGCGGGAAAAGCUUCCGUUUGGGCCCAGACCUUUUAGCACAUCAGAGAAUCCAUACAGGAGAGAAACCCUAUGAAUGCCCUGACUGUGAAAAAAGCUAUCGACAGCACUCAGCCCUUGUUUGCCAUCAGAGAACCCACACGGGAGAGAAACCCUUUAAAUGCCCCCAAUGUGAGAAAAGAUUCACUAGGAAGUCACACCUUAAUCAACAUCAGAGAACCCACACGGGAGAGAAGCCCUACAAAUGCCCUGACUGCCAGAAAAGCUUCAGUCAGAGCUCAAGCCUUAUUCAGCAUCAGAGAAUCCACACAGGAGAGAAACCCUAUAAGUGCCAUGACUGUGGGAAAGACUUCUGUGACAGAUCAAGCCUCCGCAGACACCAGAGGAUCCACACAGGAGAGAAACCCUAUAAGUGCCAUGACUGUGAGAAAAGGUUCAGUCGGAACUCAAGGCUUAUUGGACAUCAGAGAACCCACACAGAAAAGAAACCAAAUAAGUGCCAUGAGAGUGGGAAAGGCUAUUAUGAUAGCUCAAGCCUCAGCAGACACCAGAGAAUCCACACAGGAGAGAAACCCUAUAAGUGUCUAGACUGUGAGAAAAGUUUCAGCCGCAGCUCACACCUUGUUUCACAUCAGAGAACCCACACGGAGGAGAAACCAUAUAGAUGCUCUGAGUGUGGAAAAAGCUUCAAUCAGCAGUCCAAUCUUCUUAUACAUCAGAGAAUCCACACAGGAGAGCGGCCCUAUAAAUGCCCCAACUGUGGGAAAAGCUUCAGUUACAACUCAGUCCUUAUGACACAUCAUAAAAUGCACACUGGAGAGAAGCCCUAUAAGUGUCUUGACUGUGAGAAAAUAUUUAGCCAGAGCUCAGACCUCACUAAACACCAGAGAACCCAUACGGGGGAGAGACCCUACAAAUGCAAUGAGUGUGGGAAAAGCUUUAGUCUGAGCUCCCACCUUAUUUCACACAAAAAAACCCAUAAGGGAGAGAAACCUUAUAUAUGCCCCAACUGUGGGAAAAGCUUCAGUGACAGCUCAAACCUUAUUAUGCAUCAAAGGAUCCACACAGGAGAGAAGCCCUACAAAUGCCCUGAGUGCAGGAAAAGCUUCGGUCGUCUCUCACACCUUAAUAGACACCAGACAAUCCACACAGGAGAGAGACCCUUUAAAUGCUUGGACUGUGGGAACAGCUUUCGUGACAGCUCAUCCCUCAUCAGGCAUCAGAGAAUCCACACAGAAGAGAAACCCUAGAAGAUGGGUGAAGUGAACAACAACGUGGCUGAUUCCCACGAAUAUCGGAGGGUCAGGUAAGACAGUACUGGCCAUCUAAUGAGGACAUGCAAUAGCUAUAAAGUAGAUAAUGAAAUCACAUUCCUAGAACAGAGUCGUGCAAAGCAAGAGGCAGAGAUAAGAUUUCCAUGUUGUGAUGAGAUUUGAUUAUUACAUCUCAAGAAGCUCUGAACGUCCUUUGAUCAGCUCCUUUACUGAAGUUUGUUGAUACAGACCUAGAACCAUCUUUAUCUUAUGUGCUGUGACUUUGUUCUAUUUUUGAUACUGUUUUAGUUAAUUGAUACAUUCAGGAGCAGAGAUGGACUCAGGUCAGAAAUGCAAUGAUACCUGGGCUCUGGGCACUGAGUUGGGAUGAUGGUUUAUUUGUGACUUUCUUGCUUUGAAUGAAGAGGAGUGGAUCUCAGUUUCUCAAACUCUGAGACCUUUAUCAGGAGAUGUCAAGAAUGUGAAGAUGGGCCUCUGUGUAAUGAAAUGGGACCUCUGUUUGCCUGAGUGUGGAGCAAAAGCAAUAGCAACAAGAGAUUCCAUAAUAAAGUUAAUCUGCACAAACCAGUGGUAAGGAUGGGUGAAAAGGAGAUCACAGUGCAAUUAAAGCCACUGGCUGCAAAGGGAAUCCAGUUUGUGUAACUGGAAUUGGAAAGUGAUAGAAUCCAUGAACAUGGAAAAGAUUUUCUGAUACAUGUGUUUCUUCUGUAACUGUACUGGCAUAACUAUAGGGGGGAAAAGUACUGGUACACUGCUUUGUUAUGCCAGUUUAAGCUAUGACCCUUGUGAAUCGUUGCAUUCACACAGUGCUGCACUUUUUUGA